AUGCAAGCGGAGGUAAAUGACAUAUUGGAAACGUCGUUGCAAAAAGCCAGAGAACAUGACAGGACUGGAAAUGUUGGGAAGGCUUACGCAUAUUAUACCAUUGUUGUGGAAUUGUGUCCUGCUAAGAGAUCAGAAAUUGAAGAAACAUUUACAGAUGUACUAUGUGAAUGGGGAAUACAAUUAGCACAAGAAAAUCGAUUUUCAGACAUUGUACAUUGUUACAAACAUUCCUUAGACAUUUAUCCAAAUAACCCUCGUAUGCUGAACAACUUUGCAGCACAUUUCUUAAGGAAUGACGAUCCUAUAAGGGCGAUAGAAUAUCUAAGGAGAGCUUUGAAAGUUGCUCCCAACUUUCUUCCGGCGGAACGAAAUUUACAGAAUGCAUACAGUAUGGCAGUGGACAGAUGGCACUUCACGAUGCUCAAUGACAAGUGGCGAAAUAAUGCUUUUGAGCAAGCUAUACGCAAGAGAAUCAAUCAAGGAUACGAUACGGUGCUGGAUCUGGGCACUGGUACAGGCCUGCUGAGCCUGUAUGUGAAGGAUGCAGGAGCGAAAAAAAUCUACGCGUGCGAAUGUUCUGACGUGAUGACGCUAAUUGCAAAAGAAGUAUUCGAAUCUAAUGAUGCAACUGACGUAAAAUUAAUACCGAAGCUGUCGUUUGAUCUGAAAAUACCUAUGGACAUUUCUGAAAGAGUAAAAUUAAUAGUGACUGAAACGUUUGAUGCUGGCUUAUUUGGGGAACUUGUAGUACCAUCGAUGAUUAACGUGCACAUGAACAUUUUAGAUCCAAAUGGUACGGUAAUACCGAUGGGCGCGACAGUUUAUACAGCGGCUAUUGAGUGCGAACAUAUUAGAUACAGAUCGUCGGUUAUCUUCGACAAGGUCAAAGAGAAUUGUCCUUUGAAUUUUCACGAUGUAUCUGUACUCUCAGAUGAUGAAUAUUAUGACACGGAGAAUCUGGAAAAAGUUCAGAUUAAUUAUGUCACUGAGCCGCAAAUGCUCUUAACUGUAAAUUUUAAUAAUCUACUAGAGUUGCAAGAAUUUUGCAAGGAUGGGAUAAAACAAAUAUUACGAGCAAAAUGUAAAUACAAUGGCAUCAUGGACGGUCUGGUUACUUGGUUCAAAUUACAUUUGGAUGAAGAGAUUACGUUGGAUUCCUCGGAUAGAAAAUCUUGUUGGCAGCUUGCUGUUUUCCCGGCGGUGCCAACCGCGUGCCACGAGGGCGAUACCUUGACGAUAAAAGCGGAGAUGUCAAAGAGCAAAUUAAAAUGUUCUUACAGCACUGACAACGCGCGGGCUAAAGAGGAGUGCAAAUUUUUAUAUCGUUUGCCAAAAGAAGUGAUUGUCUUCCUGAAUGACUUUGAUUACAUCAAAUUGCUCACCGAGAUUGGUAGAUAUCAAGAGAGUAGAAAAAUAAAAUAUAUUUUGGAUACUUCGCCUUUUCCAAUCUACGGGUUAACACUUUUAAAGGAGUGUAAAGCUAGUGAAAUUUUAUACUACAAAACUGAUAAUCCGAUGCUUCGUUCUCUGAUCGAGCGAGUAGCGCAAGAUAAUGGGAUUCGAGGGAAAGUACAUAUGAUAUCAAACUACGACGAGAUUCCAUGCUCCCUUGACUCUAUAUUCGUCCAUAAUUUUGACAUUAAGGGUGAAUUGAGAGACGGUCAAGAUAGUUGUUACGAAAUUUUCAGAUAUUUGCUCAAACGAAAUGGCAUAUUGUUACCGGAAAAGAUUUUUCUUAUGGGACAAUUGGUGUAUUCCAAGGACUUACCAAAUAUGGCUUAUGUGCAAGAUGCCAAUCUCCAAAAAUCCUCUUGCCCGUUCAAUACUCACAGUGAUAGGAGUUUAGAUAGCAAAGACGAUCCACAUACACGGAUUAAUACAACCAAUAAAAGUACAAACUAUGUAAUCGCAAAGUAUAUCAACAAGUACAAGAUUAAUCAAAUAUUUGAUUUGAAUUCGAGUUUAUAUUCGUGCGAAGUUUUUUCUGAAGCACGAACUAUUAUAGAAAUAAAUGAAACUGAAACCAUGGAAGCAAUUGUGAACUUUGGGGAAAUAAAGACUGAAAAGGACAUUUUCCCAAAUGCCUUAUUAUGUUGGUAUAAGAUUCAACUCGGCACAGAUCAUGUACAUGAUACGAUGAAGAAUAAUUCUUUCAUGAACCACACUGCAAUCAUUUUUGAAGAUGAAUUGAGAGACGUUAUUCUGAAAAAUAAAACCGUAAAGUUUAAAGUAUACCAAGUGAAAGGAUUAGUAAAAGUCACAGUAUUAAAUUUGUAGAAAUCUAUAAAAAAAAAACUUUUACAAUUUUGCACAAUUUUUCUUUUCAACUAUGAUAUUUAUAGUAUCCUUUUUAUUGUGCAUCGAGUGGACCGGAAAAUUUAUGCCGACCCUCUUAGCAAGAUUCAAGCACAAAAUAUAAUUAAUUAAUUUUUAUAUCAAUUCUUAAUGCAAAGUUCUCCGUUUGAAUUUGCUAAGGGGGUCGACAUAGACUUUCCAGUCAAUUCAAUAUAAUAUAUUCUGCAAUUAUUUUUAUACGAUAACUUACAUAAUAUAUUGCAAUCGCAAUUGCAGACAAAACUUUGAAGUUGUUAGAUAUUUAAAUAAACGUAAUAUUAUACAUAAGUAACUAAAAAUUUUGCUGUUACAAAAUUUGUAUUUAUCAAGAAGUGCAAUACAUAUCGAUGUCAAAAUAAAAUGUACAACACAAACAUAUAAAACAGUUGAUUGAAAACAGAAA